GAUGCACGUGGCUGCUCCGCGCAUUUCAAGAUCAAGAUGGCAGCCUCCGUGUGUCGGUGCUACGAGCUGGUUGGCAAACGUGCCUUGGCCCUCAGCUCCAGGUCUCUGGUGUCCUCGGUGUGGAGAGGAGAUGCCUACAGGUUACACAGGAGUCCAGCAGCUGCUGUGCAGGUGCGAUAUGCUUCUGGGCGUAAAGGUUUCCUGGGAGAGUUUGUGGAUAACCUGCGUCAGGAGUUCAAUAAGAAUCAGGAGAUGAAGGAGAACAUAAAGAAGUUCAGAGAAGAAGCCAAGAAGCUCGAGGAGUCUGAUGCUCUCCAACAGGCACGCAGGAAAUAUAAAACUAUAGAGGCAGAGACGGUGCGGACCUCAGAGGUAUUUAAGAAGACUUUAGGCUCCCUGUCGGAAACUAUGAAGGAGGGUCUUGGAGAGAUGAGUCGUACUGACAUAGGGAAGAAGAUCAAGGAAGGUGUGGAGGAGGCAGCCAAGACAGCCAUGCACUCGGCUGAGUCUGUCUCCAAGGGAGGAGGAAAACUGGGCAGGACCAGCGCGUUCAGAGCCAUCUCACAGAGUGUGGAGACCAUGAAGAAGGAGAUAGACGUUGGUGAUGCCGGCCCUUACAGGGCUCCUCCUCAGCUAAGGAAGAGAAGCGAUUUCUCAUCUAAAGGAGCAGACAGUGACUCCAGAGUGUUCGAGGCCAAUGAGGAGGCUAUGGGUGUUGUUCUCCACAAGGAUUCAAAGUGGUACCAACAGUGGAAGGACUUCAAGGACAAAAAUGUAGUUUUUAACAGGUUCUUUGAGAUGAAGAUGAAAUAUGAUGAAAGUGACAACGCCCUCAUCAGAGCAUCCAGAGCUGUGACUGACAGAGUCACUGACCUCAUAGGUGGUCUUUUCUCUAAGACGGAAAUGUCAGAGGUGCUGACGGAGAUCGUGAAGGCAGACCCCAACUUUGACAAAGACUCUUUUCUCAAACAGUGUGAGAAAGACAUCAUCCCUAACAUACUGGAGGCUAUGAUCCGUGGAGAGCUGGACGUAUUAAAGGACUGGUGCUAUGAAGCUACAUACAGUCAGCUGGCUCACCCCAUCCAGCAGGCCAGAGCUUUGGGGCUGCUCUUCCAGUCCAAAAUCCUUGACAUUGAUAACAUAGAUUUAGCGAUGGGGAAGAUGAUGGACCAGGGCCCCGUGCUGAUCAUCACCUUCCAGGCUCAGGUCGUCAUGGUGAUCCGCAGCCCCAAAGGAGACAUAGUGGAAGGAGAUCCGGAGAAGGUGAUGAGGAUGAUGUAUGUUUGGGCGUUGUGUCGUGACCAGGAGGAGCUGAACCCCAAUGCAGCCUGGAGACUCCUGGACAUCUCUGCCUCCAGCACCGAGCAGGCUCUCUAGAAGGAGGAGGAGGAGGAACGCAGGUGAAAAGAUCCGUCUUGGACACAUAAACUGAGAAGACCGAGCAGAAGAAAACAAGGAUGUGCCUGAAAAUACCUGCACGUACUGACGCUCACAAACACACAUACAGUAUAUACAUUAACUUAAUGAGGGCAGAGUAAACAUAUGCUCCUGUGCACACACACUCCCAUUUCCCCAUCGCUACCCAGAGGAUUCAUGUGCAGAUGUAUAAAAACGAACAUGGAGAUAUGAGAUAUCCGUAGAAAUCUGUGCAUCCACUGUGUGUGUGUGUGUGUGUGUGUGUGUGUGUGUGUGUGUGUGUGUGUUGUCUCUUGCACUGGUUUGCUCACUGUUUGGGUUUCCAGGUACUGAGGGGGGUGUGAAUAUAGAACAUUAACUUUAAUUCUGAAAAGGAUGGAAGCAACGUUUACACCAACUGGCGAAAGUCUCACCACCACCACCACCCCAUUCCUUCAUCUGAUGGUACAGUCCAUCCAUACCAUCCUGGUGGCCAAAUCCCAGAAGAUCAUGGUGGUGGAAAAAAAAUGGACAUAGCCCAUAUGAUGUCACCUGUUGGUCUUUAGAGGGAUGUUUUGAAGCCUGAAGCUGAAGUUUAACGCUCACCUCUGUUUUUGUCAAAUACUGUAAACAGAAAAUUCAAGUUGAGGCAGCGGCAUGGAGACUUGUUGGAUGUGUGAUGGUGUAAGCCAGCAGCAACCAACUCAGCCGAGUGUGACAGCGUGAAAGACAUUGAUGUAAAUCUUUUCAUCUGUCCAUGUCUACAUGCAGCCCAAAAUGUAUAACAGCAUGGAUGUUAACCAUAGACUGUAUGUGCCAGCAAAAGUAUGCAUAGAUGACUGGAAAUGAGGGGAGAAAGCGAGGGAGUAGCAUGCAACUAAGGGUCUCCUAACAGUUAAUGGUCAGCAUCACAGCCUCUAAUCCACUGGGGCGCCCCACAAUAACUUUUAAAAUGACCCAAUAUGCACUUAUAAGAAGAGAUUAAAUUAGCCAUUUAGACUCUAGUGUCCUUUAUAUUUUUAGUAAGAAAACAGUUGGGAGUUUUCUUUUUCAAGGCUGCAUCUAAUGAUUGUUAGAAGAUGUUCAGUCACUUCAGCACUGGUUUCAACAUUCAGAUGUGAUGGUUCCUGCUGGCUUUCACAUCAGAAAUGUAUCAUAAAGCUAAAUACUUAAGAAAAUAAGUAAGAUGAAGACAGAAGCAUAAAAUAUAGGAUGUAAUGAUCUGUAUGUUCAUAUGUACCACAGCCAAGACAGCUCAAUGCACCGCAGCUUGAAAAAAAAAACAAACAAGUGGAGGAAAUACAGUGUAUGCUUGUAUUUCAUCUCAGGUUGCAGUGCAUGGCGCUCUCAGUCAAUCGGUGUACAUACCUCAUUAAUAAGAAGAAAUGUAUUGUAUCUACAUAUUAAUAUAAACUCUUAACUCCUUGUAAAUAUAGUAAAUGUCAAGCGUUGCUUCUCAGUAAGCUUGGGUGGGACCACAUUCAAAUAUGUCAUCGAGGCAGCUUCAUCGUUCGAGGAUCAUUUUGCCAUCUCAUGUUGCACUUUCUUCAGCUGUUUGUCUUAUUGAAAUGUUUUGUUUACUGUGAUAAAUGUGGCUGUUUAAGGGGUUCGUGCUGAAGAUGAAAACUUGAGUACAUUAUUGUACUGCUGUGUUGACUGUUAUUGGCCUUUAUUCUGUGUAACCACAUGGGUCUCCACUCACGUGUCGCUGCAGACCAAACGUAUUGUGAUUGUACUGUAACACUUUCCUUGACUAUUUCGUUAACUUACAAAGACGUCCAUACUUGUGAAGAGAUGUUGAGAUCCUGGUGAGUUAAGUUAUUAUCAUCAGAAUUUAAUGUGAAGAGGCUCACAAUUUAUGCCUGUUUUUUUUUAUGUGUGAUAAAUGCCAUUAAUGGUCAAACCAUGUGAGAUGGUCUGUUACUAAUAACACCAGAAUUGAUGAGUAUCCCUGAUCAAUACAAUGCUCAAAUCGCUUUGUCAUGAUUCCUUGGUGUGUGCUGAUGAUUUCUUAUCUGUAUAUUUAAGAGAUAGACGACAACCAGUGAUACAGAAACCUCCUGAACAUCCUGAGGAAACAUUUGUGUAGAAUAUGCAUCACUCUUGUGGGAAACAAACACACCAAGGAAAUGUUUGCCAUAAGAUGUGCACUUCAGUUUGACAGUUCAGUUAGCAUCUUUAUUGAGUCUAGUCCUGAAGAAAUAUCAAAUAUAAAAAUGGCAGAUUGUCUGAAAUUUACUGAGCUCACUCAAACCCUUUCCAUAUGGGACCACUUUCCAUUAGCGCCACCAUCAGGCAGAAAUGCCAAUAGACACAUGAGAUAUCAAAAAAUAUUUACUCAUAAAACAUGAUUUUAAUGACUGCAGAGCCUUUCCACUUUAGGAGAAACUUCAUUUUUGACCCAAUUCUUAUAAGCCUCAACUUACACUUUUAGUCUUGAUGUCCCGUUGUGUGUAUGAAGUCAAGGCACAAACAUGACCCAGGUACCAUUAAACUGUAUAAGACUUUUCUUUUACCAGAUUGAAUCCAUCUAUCUGUCAAUGUGUACAAUUUUUUUUUUUCUAAUUGAACAAAAUAAAGCCACAGUCUAGCAGUUUUCAGGUUGAAUUGCAUGGAAAAAAGACAUAAUUUUACUAUAAACUCGUGAGGAUUUCUAAAUAACACAUGUCAACAGUUUUAGGAAAUGAUAAAUUUUACUUGGAAGAAUGACUUGAUUGGUGCCACAAACUCUCUGUACUGUGCAGUGCGUAUACAUAUUUGAAAUGUUUCAGUAAGAUUUAAAGGGUACAUCCAUCUUUGAAGUACACAUUCGUGAUUUUAUCUUUGAGUUGAACAAAAAAUACAAUCAUGAGUUUUUCUAUUUUUGUCCAGUAUUACGUCUGUCUGCAGAAUAAAGAGCGCUGUAUUAUGA